CUCAAAAGCUUCUCCCUUACAAAAGAUAAAUUCCUACCUUUCGACUAGAAGCAUUUCCGUCAUUCUCUCUUUCAAACAAAUUUCAUCACAAGCGAUGGCUAUCCGCGUCCCUUCAGUACUUUCUAAUGCAAGGCAAAUACUUACUAGAAAUCAGCAAGUAGUUCCAAAGGGUUAUAUUCCAGUUUAUGUAGGUGAUCUGGCUGAUAAGAAGAGAUAUAUGGUGCCGCUUUCUUACUUAAGCCACCCUGCAUUCCAAGACCUGUUACAACAUGCUGAAGAAGAGUUCGGGUUUAAUCUUACUAUGGGAGGUCUCACAAUUCCUUGCUCUGAAGAAAAAUUCUUCAGCCUAACUUCUGAGCUGAAGUGUUAAAUGAAAGAUGAAGAACAAACCAAUCUGUCAUACUUUCUACUCUUAACUUAGGGGUUUUUUCAUGAAUGUAUAUUCAUCUUAGACAAACUAACAUUGUACAGAUAUACUUUUCCCCCAUCUGCAUCAUUCAGAUCGGUGGUUCUCAUUAUA